AUGCAAAAACGAAGAAUUUGUAAAUAUAAAUUUGUUGAAAAUAUCCUCAAUGAAUUAAAUUUACUUCAAGGAUUAACUCAUCCUUUUAUUUGUUCACUUUGGUAUGCAUUUCAGGACUCCGACCAAAUUUAUAUGAUUAGUGAUUUACUGCCUGGAGGGGAUUUGGCCUAUCAUUUAAAAAAUCAGGGCCGUUUCUCCGAAUCUAGAGCUAAAUUAUUAUUUUGUGAAUUGGCAUUAGCACUUGAUUAUUUACAUAGACAAAGAAUUGGCCAUUUUGAUGUAAAGCCAGCAAUUAUUUUAUUAGACGAGAAAGGACAUUCACAUUUAAGUGAUUUUAGUUUAGCCAAAAGACUUUUAAAAGGAGAAUUAGCGAAUACACUUUCUGAAAUAUACCUCACUUUUACUGGCAAUAUUAGAGGGUAUGAUUGGAGAGUGGAUUGGUGGGCGCUUGGUGUUUGUUUUUAUGAAAUGCUUCGUGGACGUACUCCAUAUGAAUAUCCCUCAACUUUUUCUUCACUUCAGGCAUUAAAUAUAAUAUAUACUCGUAGUGUUACAAUGCCUAGUAGAUGGCCAUCUGAUCUCAUUUCCUUCCUUAGAGCAAUUAUUAAUCCUGAUCAAACUAUGCGGGUAGAAAAUUUUGAAAAUGUUCAAAAUCAUGUUUAUAUGGAAAGAAUUAAUUGGAAAAAUGUUUUUGAUAGAAAAAUGAUUCCAAUUUUUGUUCCUCCAAAAGAACGUUUAGAAUCUUUUGGACGACGUAAUUACCGUGCAACAAUUUCUGUGCCUUUCUCAAGAUCACAGCAACAUAAUAAAUUAAAAUAUUUACCUUCAAAAGAGAAGGAGAGGGCGUCAAAUGAAGCUGUCGAAUUGACUCAAUCAAAUGAACUUUUAAAUGAAAUAGCUAAUUUAACUAUUAAAUUUAAAAUGUUUAAUAGAUUUCGGUGUGAAACACAAAUUGCUGAACCUAGACAAUCUUUGGAUAUUGUGGCUAAUAAAGAAGUUUGUUUUAUCUAA